AUGAGCGAUUCUAACAGGAAAAAGAGUAGUACUGUAAUAAGGGCCGAGUUUCUAGAUAAUUCUCCCUCAGGUUUAGGAAGUCAUGCUACUACUGUGUUUCUUCGUGGAAUGCAUCAGAAAUAUAACUCUGAUUCAUCACAAGGCUCCGAUGGCAAUAAUAACUUAACGACUGAAAGUAGUAAAAGUGAUAAUAAAAAUAAUGAUUUUAAUGAUAAUGGGAAUAUUAAUACCCUUGGAAGUCAAGAUCACCUUGAAGACAAAGAAAGUGAUGAAAAUAUCAUUGUAACUUCUCCGCUAAUGGAAAAUACACCUUCUGCAAUUUCUUUAUCGUUGGUCAAAUUAUACCCCUAUUUAAUCAUUGCUAAUCAUAUUUUGGGUAUUUUAACUUGGUCCAAUAAAAACAUAUGGUCCAGUGUUUUAAUGGUGCUCAUAUAUAUUAUCACAGUAUCCCAGCUCUCAUUCAUAACAAAAUUUUUUGGUCAUAUUAUUAUUGUGUCUUUAUUGAUGGGAUAUGCAAAGCUAAACCAAUUUAUCGAGAAAAUGAUUUAUGAACAAUCAACUAUUGAAGAUAUAGUUCAAAUAAUGAAUCAGGUGUCUUAUAAAUUUGACUUAUUGUUAUACCCACUGACAAAUUUAGAUAUGGAUAAUAUUGAACGACUAUUACUAUUCAUGGUUCUUAUCUCACCCAUCGUAAUCAUUAUUAAUUUAUUGAUUAUCCCACCAAAAAGGUGUCUACUAAUCCUAGGCGUAUUUGUAUUAACAUAUCAUUCACCAGGCGCAAAAGUCACACGAAGAUUAUUUUGGAAGUUCAAAUGCAUACGGAAAUUAAUCUAUUACAUCACUGGGUUAAACCUUGGAGGUAUAGAUGUUUCCAAUGGUUACAACUCUAAUGGGAUAUAUACUUCCUUUGGACUUAAUGAAACUCUGCUUGCAAAUGUACAAAGACAAGUUAAUAAAAAAUUGUCACUUACAAAAAACGGUUCAUUGGAGGAUGAGGCAAGUAACAAGGAAUAUAAACUUAAUACGUACUCUGCAUUUAACAAAUCGGAUUAUAAAGGAGAGGAUAAUAAACCUAUAAAAUUCACUUACGUGCUAUAUGAAAAUCAACGGCACUGGAUUGGAAUCGGUUGGAAAUCUACCAUGUUGAAUUACGAACGUACUCCUUGGACGGACGAAUUUUUGAAUGAGACUUCACCACCAGAUAAAUUCCAGUUGCCACCAAUGGAUAAUAUUUCUGGGAUGAAAUGGAGAUGGUUAGAUAAAACAUGGCGUUUGGAUUUGACCAAUGAUGGAGCAAUCGAUAUUGGUAACAGUACGUUGAAAACCACAGCAGAUCCAACUCCAAAUCAAGGGUACCUAUACUAUGAUAAUUACUGGAAAAAACCUUCCACUGAAGAAUCAUUCACUAAAUAUACAAGAAGAAGAAGAUGGAUACGUACCGCAGAAUUAAUUAAAGUGGAUUGUGAUGAUAGACAAAAUGAGGGAAAAAGACAGGAAACUGAUUCAAGAGAAAGAAACUCUACAAGUAGUGAUGGUGCCACUAUUCUUGAUUCUAAAGGUAAACCAAAAUGGAACAGUCGGAUGAUAUCUGGUAGCAACGUCUAUGAUUCUAUUGAAAUGAAAUUUAAUGAUGCUAUGAAUAAUAGCAAAGAUUUUAUGGCACAUGACAGUUCAAAUCUAUUACAAUUGAAACGCAAUAAUGAUAAAUGA